UGCCAAGGCUUGAUCAACCUCCAUUUCUGCAGAACAGCUUUAAAUUGUUGACCCAUUUUGUGGUCCCCGAAACAGGCCUUUUUGUAUAAUUCUGAAAUACACAUUAUUUUUCAGUUUUGGGUAACCUUACCUUUUUUUUUAACCUCUGGUACUUCACCACUUACCUUUGUACCAUUUCAAUCUAUUCAUUCGACUUGAACCACACAAUUUUAAUAAAUAGCUGGAAAAAAUUGGGGUGUUCUAAAACUGUAUUUAAAAUAAAUAACAAAAGCUAACUAGAAUUCUUUCUAAAUAAAUAAUAAAUUCAAUGCCAUUCUCAAUGCAGUCUACUGUGGCUAAGCCUGCAGAUCAAGUCAACACAAUAAAUAUAAAAAAAAAAAAAAAAAUGCAAAUAAUUGCAAUUAUAUGGCUCAAGAAGGUCACAACAUAAAUAAUAAAAAAAAACCGCAUAAUGUUACGUUAUUAUUUUGUAGUGGCAAGGCAUACUUUUCCACAAACGUCUGUUUCCGGGGUCAUGUGAUAAACGGGUUAUACCACUUAACCUCGAUUCCUGUCUCGUUCUGAAACACAUCUCCACAUUUGGUGACCCUCGAUGUGAGUAAUGUGACAACCGACAACAGCACACCAUACCGGCGCCGCUAAAUGCUAACGAGGCAGGUAACGACUUUUGCCAACUUUUGUUGGCAAAAGUCGUGUGUUGUUUUUUCUUUUUUUUUUUUUUUUUUUUUUUUACAUUUUUUUCAUUUUUUUUCUUGUUUCCAUUUAUAUUGUUAAUUAGGUAUACUUUAAUUUCCAUAUCUGACUUUCACUUUAUGUUUUAAAGCAGCCUGUUGUGGCACUAUUUUAUCCUGAAAAUUUACUCGAAAUUGAUGCCAUGUUUGUUGUAAAAAAACACAAGCCUUUCGGUCCCUUCAGCAUCACAAACUCGGCGUAACACUUCCCGUAUUUGGUACCUCUGGCCAUCAAAAUGAAAGCACAGCAGUAAAACAUGCACCGUUACGCGACACAAUCAGUCCACACUUUUCAUUCAGAAAACUGGCUUGCUUUGCAGCAUGUUUUAUAAAGCAGCGUUUUCUCGUUCAAAAAAUCUCACCCAGUUUCACCUCUUGUUCUUCUUUGCACAUACUCCAACACCCAUCUAUACAGGCAUCGAUUUUCUAUGCCGCUUAUCCUCAGUCUGCUUGCUGGGGUAUGCUGGAGUCCACCUUAAAAGAACCGCUGUUUUUUACUUUGGCUUGUUGAGACGCUGUUGCACUGCCCAUUUGUUUCGCCAUCAUACAGGGUUAGCAAGCAGCAUUAGCUAUAUGCUAACCUGCAAAACAGCAGCAUGUACCAUGUAACACGCUGUUAAUGAAUUGAUUGGCUGUGGAAGUAAAUAUGUGCAAACAGGAUCUUAUCAUUGGCUGGACAGUACUAAUCAUUGUGGUAUAUGUUACCACUUGCUGUUGUUCCCUGUCCUUCACUGCGUUGCAGUGCAAAAUGGUACAGAAUAAAUUGUUGUUCAGGUUGGAUUGUAUUUUGUGCGCAGAAUGUUUUUAUGGUGGGCAGAGAACAGUGCACGAUUGUGCAUGCGCUAAGCUUAGAGGGAACAUUGGUCACCAGAUGGAUUGUAUGUGACAUUUGCUAGUGUCAAACCAUUUGAAAGGAAUUCUGUGCAGCCCGGUACCAAAUGACCCAUGGCCCGGUACCGGGCCACGGCCCGGGGGUUGGGGAUCCGUGCUGUAGACCACCCCUCUGCCUUGGUCAAUAGAUCUAACUGUGCAUGAAUAGAUCAAAGUCGGCAUGAAACCGUACCUGCGAGUCCUCAUUGUAGGCAGAAUUCCCCAUGCAACACAACGUGAGUUGGCGCAGUGAGAUGCUCGUCGCUUUAUAGCGUACUCUUCUCCAGCAGCUAUAAAGGUGAUCUAGCUGUGCGUCGGACAGACGGCACGUUAAGUUUGUGCUCGAUGUCCUUCCCUUCCUGCUCAAGCUUGGCCAAGUCGUUUACGUUAACCUUUUACAACUUCAGUGGUCAAAGACCCUCAGUUACAUUGUGCUUGUGUUUGUUGUAUACACAACACAUAAUUAAUAAAUAGCAUUGCAUUACAUAUAUUAUAACUCCAGCAAUGCCUUCUUUUUACACAUAAAGCAAUUAGAGUGGCCAUUCAACCCUGCUCUCACACACAUCAGCUCGCCUGCUUCUGCUUUGUUGUUCAUCUCCUUUCUUCUUCUUUUGAAGUUAACGUCGGUUGGCAACCUAGCUCAUAUGCGUAUUACUGUCAACUACUGGGCUGUGGUGUGGAGCAGAAGUUUGUCAGCAAAAAAAAAAUUCAAUAAUAAAAUAAAAUCGGGAAAAUAACAUAUCGCACAGUAGAUGAAGCAUUUACUCGCUAUGUCUAAAAUUUUAGUUGCAAAAUGUGACCAUUUAGUUGCAGUUUGUAGCUCUGGGUUGACUCCACUAGAGAUAAGUUUUGGAGGUAUCUGUGAAGACAGAGAGCGGGGAAAGCCAAGGCAGAUUAGUGGAGGGGUGGAAGAAUAUAAUUAGCCCAAGCAACAGAAGGGGAUUUGUGCUCUACCGGCUGCCUUCCCCACCAGUCCUCCUGUCUUCGUCUAUAGCGAGACUGUCAAUAGUUACACUUGCAAUGAGGUAUGUGAGUCCACCGCAGUCUGUGUGUUCAUGCAAAGCAGGGCCUAUUCUUGCCUCGAGCGUCAGCAGCGACCAUUUGUCUGUAGUGACUCAGCUCUUCAGUCCUGCCAGCUUUGCACUUAAGUCCCCGAUGUGGAUCUGCAGGAGAAGCCGGACUUGUGUGGCGUGCACCGUGGUGGUCUCGACUUCGCUGGAGGCAUGCAAGAGCAUGUUGACCUGAUCCUGAGUGACGGUGGAAGUUUGUGAGGGUUUGAGAUGUCUCUGCACGAGUUCUUGCGGGAGGGCAGCGAGGCGUCCUACCGGAUCAUGAACAGACUCAGUCUUCUGAUACAGAACUUGGACAUCUCAGGACUUGGUUCUUCUUUUCCUUUCAGCCCUGGCAGCCGUAAGAAUUCCUGGAGAGAGUGGGAUGAUGAGAUCAUGCAACUGGAGAGCAGUCCUCUGCAAGCUGCUGAUAUCACGCCUGAACUCAGGAAGCAGUUUGCCUUUCUUACAGGAGGCAGAGGAGACAACGGAAGCCCCAUCAUUGUGUUCCCAGAGUUCCCAUCCUUUGGCGAGAUCACCGACAGAGAGUUUCACAACGUGCUCACCUACCUGACAAGUGUGCCCAGUUUGCCAUCAACAGACGUGGGCUUCAUCCUCGUCAUUGAUCGCCGGCAGGACCGAUGGGCGGCCGUGAAAGGGACUCUGCUUCGGAUCGCGGGUGCAUUCCCUGGAAACCUCCAGCUGGUUCUGGUCCUAAGGCCCACCACCCUCCUCCAGCGCACACUCUCUGACAUCCUCUUCAAGUUCAACAAAGAUGAGUUCAAGAUGAAGGUGCCGGUGAUCAUGCUGAGCUCAGUAAGUGAGCUUCACUCGUACAUUGACCACACGCAACUGACCCAAGAACUCGGGGGAACGCAGGCAUACUGUCACGAGAAGUGGAUCUCUCAACGCACGGCCAUUGAAGGCUUUGCAUUGAUGGUGAAGAAGACGGCCCAGGCUCUGCAGUCAUUUGGCGCUGAGCUGGCUGAAACAGAACUCCCCAAUGAGACCCAGGCCACCACCGUCCUGCUCAGUGCACACGGCAGUAAGAGAGACAAGAUGAAGGAUGACCUGCUGGUGGCUCUGAGGCAGGGCAGCAGACUGCUGGAGAGCAUAAAUGCCCCUGUGAUGCAGAACCCAGACCACAACAUGAACCAGGACGAAUUGGAGAACCUGGCAACAGUGCAGAGACUCCUGUCUCAGGUGGACGAGACUGAACGAGCUUUUGACGAGUUCUGGGGGAAGCAUCGGUUCAAACUGGAGCAAUGUCUCCAGCUGCGUCACUUUGAGGACAACUACAAGGAGGUCAGCAUUCUGCUGGAUCAAGUGUCCGAGAAAGUGUCCACCUUCUCUGAGGUGGGCAUUAGCCCUGCCCACGCUGACCAUAUCUUCAGCGAGCUCACAACCUACGAGGAGACAGUCUGCGAGGUCCUGGACAGAGCUUUGUCUUUGGCACGUGAAGGUGAUGACCUCAUCGAGAAGGCUCACUAUGCUCAGGAUUCUAUUCUGCCCAAAAGUAGUCAGCUCCGAGUGGUGUGUCAAGACCUGAGUGCCGAAUUGAAGGCCAAGAAGGAGCAGCUCCUUAAAGCCCGAGAUCUGCAUCGCUGUUUGGAGAGGGCUUCAAAGUGGUGUGACGAUGGUAUUUACCUGCUGGCGUCUCAGCCCGUGGAUAAGUGUCAAUCACAUGAGGGGGCAGAGUCAGCUCUGCAGGAGCUGGAGGGUUUCCUGGCUGACACAGGCGAAGAGCGACUGUCAGAUCCGAGUAACAUCUGGACAGAUUAUGAGGCAGUGCUCAACCAGCAGCUCAAGGACCAAGUGGAGAAGGUCUUUCAGAAGCAGGCGUCAAUGCAGGAGAUGUUUGACAAGAGGAGGGUCAGCCUGAAGAAGUUGGCGGCCAAACAGACCAGGCCAGUGCAACCGGUUGCCCCCAGACCUGAAGCUUUCAUCAAAUCACCCCUCAGCUCACCUGCGCAUCGAGGUAAACUUGAUAGAAGCGCCUCUGAGGGAAACAAUGGAAGCUCUGACAAAGCAGACGAGCAGCUGCAGAAUGGACACCGUAACUGCAGACACGGCUCUCUGUCGGAGGAGGAUGAGAACCUGGCUGUGCUGAGGAGGCAUGUCAUGAACGAGCUGUUGGAAACUGAGAGGGCUUACGUUGAGGAGCUGCUGUGUGUGUUACAGGGUUACGCCUCCGAGAUGGAUAACCCAGCCAUGGCGCACCUCAUCCCUACUUCUUUGCAAAACAAAAAGGAGGUUCUGUUUGGCAACAUGCCUGAAAUCUACCACUUCCACAAGAGGACGUUUUUGAGGGAGCUGGAGCUGUAUGCCGACUGUCCAGAAUUGGUUGGCAGAUGUUUCUUGGAAAGGAUGACAGACCUACAGAUCUACGAGAAGUACUGCCACAACAAGCCUCGCUCCGAAAGCCUCUGGAGACAGUGCUCCGACGCUGCCUUCUUCCAGGAGUGUCAGAAAAAGCUGGAGCAUAAACUGGGUUUGGAUUCAUAUCUGCUGAAGCCUGUACAGAGAAUAACCAAAUACCAACUGCUGCUGAAGGAAAUGCUUAAGUACAGUAAAGGUUGUGAAGGGGCCGAAGACCUGCAAGAAGCUCUGACGUCCAUCUUGGGUAUUCUCAAGGCUGUCAAUGACUCCAUGCACCUCAUCGCCAUUACAGGAUAUGAGGGGAACCUGAGUGAGCUGGGCAAGCUUCUGAUGCAGGGCUCGUUCAGUGUGUGGACUGAACACAAGAAAGGUCACGUCAAGGUAAAGGAUCUGGCCCGUUUCAAGCCAAUGCAGAGGCACCUCUUUCUGCAUGAGAAAGCCCUCCUGUUCUGCAAGAAAAGGGAGGAGAGCGGGGAGGGCUAUGAGAAAGCUCCAUCCUACAGCUUCAAGCAGUCACUCAGCAUGAACGCUGUGGGCAUUACCGAGAACGCAAAGGGAGGAGAUAAGAAGUUUGAAAUCUGGAGCAACUCCAGAGAAGAGGUCUACAUUGUGCAGGCACUGACGACUGAAGUGAAAACCACCUGGGUGAAUGAGAUUAGAAAGGUUUUGACCACACAGCUGGAGGCUUGCAGAGAGGCCAGCCAGCAAAGGGCGCCGGAUCAGGUUAUCCAUUGUCCCCCUGCAGCAAGUGGUCCAGAGAACGUAAGCAGUCCAUUCAAGAUGCGCCAGAAGAGUCUAAAAAAAGGAGACAACAGGAAAGAAGAUCACUACGGCCUUGAUGGCAGUUCCUCUCCUUUGCCAAAGUCAGCAGGAAAAGAUGAAAGAGCCACAAGCCCUACCUCAGACAGAACUGCCAUGGCUAAAAAGCGAUUUACUUUACAGGGCUUCAGUAACCUCAAAGCCCAGAAAGAGGUGCCGACCACAGAUGAUAAGAGUUUCACCUUACCCAUGAUCCCUCUGUUAUCUCCAGGUUCUCCAACUAGCCCCGAUCACAAGACGAAGCGCCAGAGCGACCCGACACCAUUUGGCUUCAAAGGCUGGAACAAGACGUCUCUAUCGCUGGAUGCCUCGGAGGAGCAUGAAGGCUACUCUAGUGGCGAGGAUCCUCUUAACUCUGACCCAGAGGAUGACAAUGGCAAAAAGCUAUGUGCUGGUAAAUACACGGCAACGGGUGACUACGAGAAGGCUUCCACUCAAGACGUUGCGGUGAAAAGCGGAGACGUGGUGCAGCUGGUGAAGGAAGGGGAGGACGGACAAUGGUUAGUGCGGAACCUGAACACCUCCAUGGAGGGCUGGAUGGCCUCUGCUAAUCUGGUGACACUCAUUGCUAAGUCCAAGUCGUGUCAGUCUCUCACCAGCUCAGAAGGCAGUGGAUCAGGACACCUCAGCACAUCAUCCAGUUGCAGUGAGACCUGCGCGCCUUUCUCUGACAUCAAAUCCUCAGCGUAGCUCCUUCCCUCCUUCCUGCCUCAUGAAUGUUCUGUGGCUGUCAGUGAUGUAUUUGUCUACAUUGAAACCAGCAUAUUUCACCCACCUAAAGCCUCAUGUCCCCCUAAUGUGAGUAAGGUUUUAACAGAGGAUACAUCCCAUACAGGAAUGAAUAUGUUUAUUUUAAUGACAUAUGAUGAAGUUAUAGAUGUAACGGGCCAGCAGGACUGAUCUCAGUUAUUACAGUAUUAGUGUAUGUGGACCACCCGCAUCAAGUCACCCACAAUGAGAGCACAUUUUAAAACCUUUGAUAAUAGUUGUGACACAUUUUUAUUUAUUUGUAAAAAAAAAACACUAACUUUUGUCACUUUUACUUCUAAUAUCAUAUUUUUUUACUCUGUCCUUUCAGGAAAGUCAUGACUGUAGAUUAUAUUUUGCCAUCAGCUUUCCAGACUUGUUUGUUUGUCUGUCAGGGUUCCCAAAGGCUCCUCAGCUGUGUUACCUGUACACUGCAACUAAAAAAGAAAAGAAAAUAUUGUUUAUAAUCAGAGGUGACUGUAUAGCGCUAUAACUUAUUCCCUUCAUGCUCUGAAUGUAGAUACUGUUCAUUAAUGCCUGUCCUGAGAUGUUUAUUAUUGGAGCUGCUAUACUGUACAUUAUGUAUGGUGAUGUCACAGCCCUGUGACAUUUUUAUAUAUAUUAAAAAGAACUUGAUGAUAACGUUUUUUGCUUAUUUCU